AUGACUUUGCCGAGAAGGGGCUAUCUCGGUGAUGAGGAGCUGGGCAAAAAGUUCGACGACCACGGACACCGAACACCCGCACACUUCAAACCAAGAUCGGCCACAUCGUCAUGGAAAAUUCCCCGAAGGAGACGCGUGCUCCUCACCCUGAUCGGCAUAUGUAUCGUCUAUAUUCUCUUCAAAGCCGUUCCUCCUUCCGAGCUAACCCCCGCGACGAAGCCAUUCGACGCACCACUCAAUAAUAACGACCCUCCCCGGCCUGGCGACCCCGGACAACGAGAAGAAGAUGGCGGUUCCGUUUCCUCUGAACCACCUCCCAAGGCCCCGCCUGCUAUGGAUGAAAUUCCCACCAAUGAUUCGUAUGAAUACAAUGGGCCGAUAAAGUUUCCCCUCCUUACCCAAUCGCUGCACUCGAACCAGGCACUCCAUUAUAGCUGGUAUAAUAACGCUGUGCUUUUCGCGGCGGCGAACCUGCAAGCUCUUUCCUACCUUCUACCUUUAGCCUGUGAGAUGGCUAAGGAGAAGCGGAACAGCGUGCAUUUCGCAGUGAUGGGAAGGAGCAGCGUAUCGGUGAAAGGAAUACAAAUGGUUAAUGGUGUGGACGAGGAGUCGUGUCCGCUGUUUUGGCAUGAUGCACGUCCCGACCAUGCCUCUAGGUCUCCCGAUGCCCGUAUGGAAUCAAGUGUAAUCACGGGGCUCUCCCGCAUUGCCAAUACUUUUCGUCCCAAGGUCGUAAUUACCCACAGCCAUGACAUUGAUGAAACAUUUCAUUGGACCGCUGCCAAAGCAACAGCUGGCCGGAUCGGAGUGCCUCAUAUCAGCCUUCCGGCUCGUGGGGGUGAUUUCAUGUGGUUGUCAAAACUGGACUCCCACUCACUUGGAGCUUGGGACAAGGUCGAUGUGCAAAUCCUGGUGCAGGCACCCCCAGCCUCCUCGGGCUCCCUAACUCGAUUGCUUCGUUCCCUCCAAAGGGCAGAUUACUUCGGUGAUACCCUGGGGCUAACCAUCGAGUUGCCGCAUAAUGUUGAUCCUCCACUGCUUGAAUAUUUGAAAUCCUUCCAUUGGCCACCGAGGAGCGUGCAUAACCAUUUCACACUCCGACGCCGAAUACAACAUGGGAACAUAACUUCUGAAGAAGCAACCCUUCGAAUAGUCGACUCACUCUACCCCAAAAACCCGGCCUACUCACACGUCCUCAUCCUUUCUCCUCAGACGGAACUUGCGCCAUCCUAUUACCACUAUCUCAAAUAUGCCAUUCUUCAACAUAAAUACUCUCAUUCUGCCAAGAAAUCUUUGCACCGAUUGCUAGGAAUAUCCCUCGAACUUCCAUCAUCUACCCCUACCGUCGAUAGCGAACCAUUUACUCCACCAAUCAGAUCCGACUCCCGUGUCGCCACCCAAGGUACUGACAAGCACAUACCAGUAUUUCUCUGGCAGGCUCCCAAUAGCAAUGCGGCUCUAUACUUUGGGGACAAAUGGGUUGAAUUCCAGUCAUUCCUUUCGAGUCGACUUUCCAGCGCCCGCAGAGCAGGUCUAAAGAUGCACGCUAAUCUCAUCUCGAAGAAGUUCCCAUCUUGGAUGGAAUAUAUGCUUGAACUAACCCGCUGCCGGGGCUAUUAUCUCCUUUAUCCCUCUUUCCCCGCCGUCAAAAGCAGCCAUGCCGUACUAUCAACUAUCCACAACGAACUCUACCGCUUACCAGAAGAGCACACCUCGAUCUCGCAAUCGCCUAAACCCAUCUCUGAAAACCCCCAAAAUUCAAACAGUCAAAAACACAUUGCCGAUCCCAAUAGUCCCUCUUCCAGCGGCUCGUCUUCAUCGCUGGAUAUACCACAGGAGGUCGAGCUAGGUUCCGUCGAGCUGCCCUUGGCCGAUUCCUCGACCAUAUCGAGUCUCCUGCAACAAUUCCCCGCAGGACUACCGGAUGAGCUAUCUCCCAAACACGUUUUGCCGUAUUCACAGAAAGAUCAGACGUCCCCUGACCUUGUUGGGAGGACACAGGCUUAUAUGAAGGAAUUCCGGGAGAAGGUCGGUGGAUGCGGAGCCCAGGCUCAACAGCAGGUGGUGGUUGAGGAUUUGAAGGCGGAUGAUCUAUUCUGUUCAGAGGGUGAGGAGGGGGUUGGGUUGUAAUUACAUAGUCGGUUGUCACAUCGUCUUUAUUUACUAUUACAUAUUGCUCAGCGGUUUUCUUUUUUUAAACACUUUUUAUGUCCUUGGUCGGCGGGUCUCGUCCAUUAUUAUUAGUAACAUGUUUUUUUCUUCAAGGCAAUCUUUCUGGAGUUAUUCUUGGGCAAAAGAACUAGAUUGUAUACUGUUUUCCUUUUUUGACAAGCGUUUGGUCCUUUCACCAAGUUGUUGAGCAUUAUUCCAAUAGCUUUUUCGGUUGGGUUCUAAAAUAUCCCUCUCUACCUUCUACGGUCAAUCUAAAGUUGUACAGUACAUACAUCAGGAGUGCUUGCGGAAUAUCAUUAGGAUAGUUUCUU